AUGGAGGUAGCCGGUGGAAUAGUCGAGUUAGGAUUUGUCAAGGUGGAUCAGUUGAAGCCAGGGACAGCGGGCAAGAAUCUAAUUGUCAAAGUCCUAAAUACUGAUGUGGUGGUUGACAAGAACCAAAACAGCAGGUUGCAGUCCCAAUCGCCAUGUGUAUAUUCUCAACCGCAAAUCACACGUGUAGCUGAGACCCUUGUUGGAGAUGAAACCGGAACUAUCAUAUUCACCACUCGUAACGAACAAGUUGACUUGAUGGAGCCAGGUAGCAUCCUACUCCUUUAUGGUGCAAAAGUCCAAAUGAAUCGAGGCUUCAUGAGGUUAGCUGUAGAGCAUCAUAUACAAAUCAUAAUCGCAGAACCUGUGGAAUUGGUUGUAAAUGCAGAUGAUGAUUGUAGUAUGUCUUUAGAUGAAUAUGAG